AUGAAAAGGGUAAAAAGCGAAACUUUUAGAGGGGUUUAUAGUUCCAGGAGGUUCAAGUUGUCACAUUUGCUUCUGGCUAUAGCAGGGUUUUACUUGGUUUUCUUAGCUUUCAAGUUCCCACAUUUCAUCGAGAUGGUUGCUAUGUUGAGUGGAGAUACUGGACUAGAUGGAGCAUUAAAGGAUACGGCAGAAGUUAGUUUAAGCGGGUCUCUACGCAGUGACAUGUUGGAUAGGAAGCUAGAAGACGAAGAGAACCGAAGUGGACCUUUUACUACUCAGAAGGUGACACCAGAAGAGAAGAUAAAUGAAUCUAAACCACCGAUUCAGUAUGGUCGAAUAUCGAAAGAGAUCAUGAGACGGAGGAACAGAACCAUUCACAUGUCACCAUUUGAAAGAAUGGUGGAUGAGGCUUGGAUGCUUGGUGCCAAGGCUUGGGAAGAUGUUGAUAAGUUUGAGAUAGAGAACAUCCAAGAGAGCGCUUCUGUGUACGAAGGAAAUGUUGAGUCAUGCCCUUCUCAGAUAUCUACGAAUGGAGAUGACUUGAAUAAAGCCAAUGGUAUCAUGUUGCUUCCCUGUGGUCUUGCUGCAGGGUCUUCUGUUACGAUUCUUGGAACUCCGCAGUAUGCACAUAAAGAAUCUGUUCCUCAGCGUGCGAGGUUGACAAGAGGCGAUGGAAUGGUUCUGGUUUCUCAGUUUAUGGUUGAGCUGCAAGGGCUGAAGACGGGGGAUGGGGAAUAUCCACCUAAGAUUCUUCAUUUGAAUCCGAGGAUUAGAGGUGAUUGGAGUCACCGGCCGGUCAUUGAACACAAUACAUGUUAUAGGAUGCAGUGGGGAGUUGCUCAGAGAUGUGAUGGUACUCCAUCCAGGAAGGACACAGAUAUGCUUGUUGAUGGAUUCCAAAGAUGUGAAAAGUGGACAAAGAAUGACAACAUUUACAUGGUGGACUCAAAGGAAUCCAAGACAACUUCUUGGUUCAAACGGUUUAUAGGACGUGAACAGAAACCGGAACUCACCUGGUCAUUCCCUUUUGCUGAAGGCAAAGUCUUCGUCCUAACUUUGCGAGCUGGAAUUGAUGGUUUUCAUAUAAAUGUUGGAGGAAGGCAUGUUACAUCAUUCCCUUAUCGACCGGGAUUCACCAUAGAAGAUGCCACAGGGCUGGCAAUAACAGGAGAUGUUGAUAUUCAUUCUGUUCAUGCAACUUCUCUUUCAACAUCUCAUCCGAGUUUCUCGCCUCAGAAAGCAAUAGAAUUUUCUCCACAGUGGAAAGCUCCUCCUUUGCCUGACAGUCCUUUUCGCCUUUUCAUCGGUGUUCUAUCUGCAACUAAGCAUUUUUCAGAGCGCAUGGCAGUGAGAAAGACAUGGAUGCAGCAUCCUUCUGUUAAAGUUUCACAUGUAGUAGCCCGAUUCUUUGUUGCACUUAAUCCAAGAAAGGAAGUUAAUGCAAUGCUGAAGAAAGAGGCUGAGUAUUUUGGAGAUAUUGUGAUUGUGCCCUUUAUGGAUCGCUACGAGCUAGUUGUUCUGAAGACAAUGGCUAUUUGUGAAUUUGGGGUCCAGAAUGUAACAGCUCCAUAUAUAAUGAAAUGUGACGAUGACACAUUCAUCAGAGUGGAAUCAAUCUUGAGAGAAAUCAAUGGAGUCUCUCUGGAACAAUCUCUCUAUAUGGGCAAUCUAAAUCUUCGACAUCGUCCUCUUAGAACUGGCAAGUGGGCAGUUACAUGGGAGGAGUGGCCAGAAGCUGUGUAUCCUCCUUACGCCAAUGGACCUGGAUACAUAAUCUCAAGCGACAUUGCUAAAUAUAUUGUUUCUGAGAAUUCAAGACAGAAGCUUAGGCUGUUCAAGAUGGAGGAUGUGAGCAUGGGAAUGUGGGUUGAGAAAUUCAAUGCUACGGUGCAGCCUGUGGAAUACUCACACAGCUGGAAGUUUUGCCAAUACGGAUGCACACUGAACUAUUACACUGCACAUUACCAAUCUCCCAGUCAGAUGAUUUGUCUGUGGGAUAAUUUGUUGAAAGGCCGAGCACAAUGCUGCAACUUCAGAUGA